AUGGAAACGUCGUCAUGGAGACGUCGUCAUGGAGACGUCGUCAUGGAGACGUCAUCAUGGCGACAACUCAAAGCACCUCAAAUUCCGGAAUUAAUCAGAAACUUACAUGUAUGGACGGACGCAACGGGGGGUCAACAUCGAGGAAAAAAGACUCCGCAGAGGAGAAAGGAGAAAGGACUCCACAGAGGAGAAAGGACUCCACAGAGGAGGGCAAAGGAGAAAGGACUCCACAGAGGAGGGCAAAGGAGAAAGGACUCCACAGAGGAUAAAGGAGAAAGGACUCAACAGAGGAGGACAAAGGAGUCCACACUCAGAGAAAUAAUGACUAACCGCAGGGUGUGGCAACUGCUGAAGCAGUGGAUGGAUUAUGAACAGGAGCUGCUGGACUCAGAGAGGAUCUGGGAGGACAAACAGGACAAGUGGUUCUCAGAUGAUGAGGCUGAUCUCUGGAGAGAAGAUGAGGAGAAGUGGUUGGAGGAAAAGCAAUCCUCUAGAAAGAUACUAGAGGAGAUCCUUGGAUCAUCUGAGGAGCUAAAAGAAGGAUCCCCAGAGUUCCUCCUGAAGCUGAAGCAUCAGCUCUGUGAGAGGAGACUGCAGAUGGAGCGCAGACGCUCUAUGUGGCUGAAGAAAGAGGCCUGGUACCAGGGGAGAGAGGCCUCCAAGACCACUAUCAUAACCCUGAGGAAGGAACUCAGAGAUCUACGAGGCAGCUUUGAGGUCCCUGAGUCUGCAGCUGAGGUCCCUGUGUCUGCAGCUGAGGUCCCUGAGUCUGAGGUCCAGCACCUGCAGCAGCAGCUGCUGCUGAAGGAGCAGAUGUUGGUAGCUUUGAGAGCUAAGAUGGAGAAGCAGGUGGAGCUGCAGCAGAGCACGCAGGCUCUGGUGCAGGCGGCGAAGCAGGUGGUGGAGGUCAGUGAAAAGGAAUCCUUCAAAAGGCAAAAACUGCUGCAACUUGCCAUUGAACAAUGUCAGCAGUAUUUUGAGAAUCACCCUAAUCAUUCAGACUCCGAAGAGGACGUUCUGGUCUAUAGUUUAACCACUGGAGAGAUGUGUACUAUCGACAAGAGCAGAAUGGAGAAACUCAGGUCCAUCUUUUUAAAGCUGAGGGAAAAGCAUGGGGCACCAGGCUCUGAAGACGAAUGCUCUGAGGAGUCCAUGACCCCAGAGAUGGUUGACGGCCUGAGGACCUCCUUAUACCAAAGAAUAAGGAAAACGAACAAGCACCUCCUGAAAUAUUGCAUAUGGGUUUCCACUUUUUGUAUAGAGACCGACAAGCUGUGUAAGAUCCAGGACCGCUGUAUCAAAGGCUUUAUAAACUGCGAGAGUUGA